AUGACGCAUCAAAGGGAGAACGGCCGCGGCGUGGACCUCAACCGUAACUUUCCAAACCGGUACGGCACGCAGAUCGAUAUGGAGCAGCCUGAGACCGCAUCAGUGCGACGCUGGUCAAGCGAGAUACCAUUCGUUCUGGCUGCCACUCUGCACGGUGGCGUUCUCGUUGCCAGCUACCCGUACGACCAUGCUAGAUCGAUUCGAGGCAAACUCCCAGUCUUCGCCGACCCCGACGAUGACGUAUUGCGGCACCUCGCUGAAGUCUACUCGUUCAACCAUGCCCGCAUGCACCUGGGCGAGCCUUGCCCAUCCAACCAGCUGGAAUUUCAAAACGGUACCACCAACGGCGCCGCGUGGUACAGUUUCGACGGAAGCAUGAGCGACUACAACUACGUAUACGAAGGCUGUCUGGAUGUGACGCUGGAGAUUUCAUGCUGCAAGUUCCCCAACAGCAGCGAACUGGCUCGCAUGUGGGACGAGAAUAGGCAGCCCCUGCUUGCCUACCUAGCCGAAGUUCACAAAGGAGUACGCGGCAUCAUAAAGGAUGACAACGGCGUUCCUGUCACCAAUGCAUCUUUGAGAAUUGCAGGCCGUAGAAGUCAAUUCAGGACAUCGUCCAGAGGCGAAUACUGGAGGAUACUCAGACCUGGCAGCUACGUUCUCGAGGUCACUGCCCCUGGGUUUGAAGAAGCCAGACUGGACUUCAGCGUUUCUGACGAAAAGGUGGCCAUUGUGAACGUGACGCUCAAAAAACUGCGCUAGCAAUCGACCGAACAUGCAAGGGAGAGAGAAC